AAAAAUUAAAGAAAAAUAUUACGAGGAAUAAACGUCGCUCUCUCUCUCUCUCAACCUGGUUCGGGAAAGGGAAAAAAGAAUUAAACAGACGACGAAACGAGGGUUUUUAAGAGAGCGAGAUAAAAAAAAAAUUAAAAUUAAAAUUAAGUAAAUAAAAUCCCCAAAAAAGGAAAAAAAAAAAAGAUUUCCACGGGGAGGGAAAGCUCAAAGCGAAGGGUCGAAAACUUUCAGAUAGAUUUUCUUUUUUUCUUUUUGAGGGAGAAAAAGGUGUGCUGUCGUCUUUCUAAUGGAGCUCAGCUUCAGAGCUAGGGUUUCGUUUUCUUUGCCUUUUUUUGAAGAUUUUUUAUGAAGGUGUUGAGGAGUGCCAUAAUUUAUCAUUUUCGAAUCUUUUGUUGACAAUUAAUAUGAUUUUACAUGAUCAGCUUGCUUGGAAGGUUUCCUUUUAGAUGCUCUCUUGAAGUUUCAUUCCUGUUCUAGAUGGAACAAAAAUUGUCAGUACGUUAUAGAGUUCUCUUUGUUUGGUGGUUUUGCAUCUAAAACGCCAUGACGCUUGAGGAUUUUUUUACCCUGGCUGAGAUGAAAGAUGGACUCACGGUCCCUUCACGAGUUGAGGAGCUAGUAUCUGUAAUGAAAAAAGAGAAAGAAUCUGUUGUGAAAAAUGUUGGUGAUGCAACCAGACAGUGGACUGCUGUUGCAAGCACAAUUGCGGCCACUGAGAAUAAAGAUUGUCUUGAUCUUUUUAUUCAGCUAGAUGGACUUUGUUUUAUAGGCAGAUGGCUAAAGGAUGCUCAAGAAUUUGGUAAUGACUCGAGUGAUAGUUUUGUGGAAGAAUCAAUUACUGCACUCUUACGAGCACUUGAAAAGUUGCAUAGAGAUAAGGAAAGGUCAAUUUCUUCGGAGAUCUGGAUUACGGUCAAGAAUCUUCUGAGCCACAAUAGCUCUCGAGUUCAGGACAGUGCUAGGUUGCUCUUUGAUAAGUGGAAACGAGGUACAGUUUCUGAUCAUGUCGAUAGUGGUGGACAUGAGUAUGAGAUUUCAGACGCUGCUACUGUUACCGGAGAAAAUAAUGGGCUAGAUUCUGCCAAAGACAGUCCUGUUUCAAGAGGAAGUGCCCAUGGGGAAAAAGAUGGAGCAGAUGCUGCUAAAAGUGAAAACCUUCCUUCAAGCCUAGAUGGUGUUCAACCACAAAGUACUAAAGAUUUACAUGUUGAAACUACUAAUGAUGAGCUCAAGUCCCACAUAAAUUCAGACUAUUCAGACACGGAAAACAGAUCUGAGAGUCAUAUGGCCUCCUCUUCUGUGUUAAAUCCUGUGAAAGAACUACAAGCAAAAACUGUGGAAGAAACUGCUUCCCAUGAGGCCUGCAGUUUAGCAGAUUCAAAGCAAGAAAAUAUUGAAGCUUCAGAUGCUAUGACAGUUUCAAACUCUAGUACUGUGGAACAUGCUCUGGUUUCGUCUAAUGCUGGUGUUGGAACAGCUCUGGAGGUUACAACAGGACCCAGUUCCCAUACUGAUACUGAAGCCAAUAGGUUUCAUGUCCUAAAUUCUGUUGAUCUUACUGAUGAGAGGAUGCAUGCAUCUGAGCCAAAGAAGGCAAUGUCUGAUGUGGCUGUUAUGAAUCAUUCCAGCAGUGGCUCAGAGCUAUUCAAGAUUGCUGGUAAAGACAGCGAGUCACAUUUGAGCACGUCACGGAGCUCCUCUGACAAUGAGCUCUUGUAUGAAAAGCCUGGGGAUCUGGAAACUACGUUUUCGAGAAUGGCAGCCAUUGGAACAGCAGAUGAAGAUAAGGAGAAUUGUGAACUUGAGGAUUUGAGAAGUGGUUCCAGGUUUACCAGUAGUCAUGGUGUGACCGAUACAACAUCUGAUAUUGAUCUAGAGUAUGGCAUAGUUGAUGCUCUAGAAGUUGCCCGAAAAGUUGCUCAAGAAGUGGAGCGAGAAGUCAUAGAUGACAGAGAACCUUCCAGCAGCUCUUCAGAGAAGAUAUCAGAAGGUGGUAUUAGGCAACCCAGUACCCCAGAAUCCAUAAAUAGAAAGCAAGACCUACCCACCGAGGUCUUGCCAAAGGAGGUGUCAACCGGACCCAUUCGGUCUGCUGGAGCGCAUACUGAGGGGGAGGGGCUCCUUAUUAAUUCAGAUGAUGCAGAUAAUGAACCAGAAAAUCACUCGCGUGACAUGGAAUCCUCUCAGGUGACCAUGGCUCAAGAUCCUGAGCCGAUCACAGAGAAAAGUCUAUGUGAUUUUGAUCUGAACCAAGAAGUCUGUUCUGAUGAUACAGAACGUGCAGUGACUUCCAUCUCCACUCCCAUUUCAGUGGUUUCUGCUUCUAGGGCAGCAGCAGUGCGUGGCAUACCUGCAGCUCCUUUGCAGUUCGAGGGGACUCUUGGAUGGAAAGGAUCUGCUGCCACAAGUGCUUUUCGCCCAGCAUCACCUCGACGUAACUCUGAUGGUGAUAAGAGACUAUCCCUUGGAGGGACAAGCAGUAGCUCAAAACGGAGGUUGGAUUGCCUUGAUUUUGAUCUCAAUGUUGCUGAGGCUGGCGAUGAAAAAGGUGCUGAACUAAUGUCCGGGAAACAGGUUACAGCCUCAUCAGGUCUCUAUUUUGCAGAAUCUUCACUGAAAGCUAGUCGGAGAAAAUCCGAGAGACUUGAGCUGGAUUUAAAUUGUGUCAGUGAUGAUGGUGACGGUCCAGCACUAGAUUCAAGAGUCAAGGAACCACUCUUUUGUGACAGGAAUGGACAUUACAGCCAAUCACCUGCUUCGUCAUCAUCAUCAAUGCAGCCUUCUCUGAGGAACUUUGAUUUGAAUGACAGGCCAUGCAAUCACAAUAAUGCUUUAGAACAAGGGCCAUUUCCUGGUAGAUCUUCAAUUGCUCAUGGAGGGCCUAAACUAAAUGAUCCUGUUAUUUCUAUCAUGGGUACUAGAGUGGAAGUCAAUAGGAAGGACUUUGUUUCUCAGGUUGUGUCCUUUCCAAAUGGCAAGGUUCUUGGGCCUGCAACUGAUGGGAGCAUCACAAGAAGUGCAGGGUUUAUGGGGUUGGUUCCCACUGCCUCGUAUACACAUUCCCCUGCUUUUAGCUCUAAUUUACUGCCAAUGGCGCCAAAUAUGCCCUUCCCUUCUGCCAUUUAUGGGGCUAGUGGCUCAAUCCCCUUUAUUGUUGAUUCAGGUGCACCUGUUGUGCCUCAAAUUAUGGGCUCUACAUCAGCGGUUCCAAUAGCUUCACCUGUUGUGCCUCAAAUUAUGGGCUCUACAUCAGCGGUUCCAAUAGCUUACUCUCAGGCACAAGUCAUUAUGAACAUGAGCAAUGCAGCUGCUGGUUUAAAUGGUUCAGGCCCCUCACGGCCUAAUUUUGACCUGAAUUCCAGAUUAGCAAUUGAGGGAGGAAAUACAGAUUCCAUGGGUUUAAGGCAGCCAUUCAUGCCUGUUCAUGGUAGGUCAAUAGAAGAACAUUUGAGGGCAAACACACAAGCCUCCUCUAGUUCCGGGGUUGGGGUAAAAAGGAAGGAACCAGAUGGUGGAUGGGAACCAUACGCAUUUAACUACAGACAGCAGCAUUUUCCAUGGAAACAGUAAGUUAAUAUUUAUGUUGCUCCUUCCUCUCUUGGGAGUCAUUUCAUAAGUCCAAAUUAAUUGAUGCUUGCAUUGCCAAAGAUAGCCCAUUGGAGUUCGUGGGAGUGGAGUUGAACGGAAUAAAGCCGGGAAAUUAGAAAUGUAAUAUGAUUCAUGAGAUUUGAUUGCCAAAGGGAGGGAAUUAGAUUUUAAUUGUUUUAGUUUAUUGUUUUCCUUUUCUGCAUUCCAUAGAAGGCUUGGUACAUGUAGGUGUAACUUAUUUUCCUUUUAUGUCACAGAAAGAUAAAAAAGAAACUGAGCUUUUCUUACCAUUUAUUUUCUUUUUGGCAAGAACAAUUUUGGUUAUUGAACAUCACUAAUUUACAGCUAGAAAAUUAAUAUAUUGUUCUUCACUUUCUCA